GGGGGGGGUGUUUGGGGUGGGGGAUAAGAGCGGUAGGAAGGGUUAAAUCGGCUUAAUUAUUAUUAUUAUUUUUGUGUGUACGUGAGAGGGUUGUUUGCUUUUUUUUUUUUGGGGGGGGUGUUAUUUUGUUGUGGGUUUUUUUUUGUUGUUGUUGUUGAAGGGGGGGGCUGUCCAGUCGCGUUUCCCCCCCCCCCUCCCUCCCUCCCUCCCUCCCACCCACCCCCUCCUUUCCCUCCCUAAUUCCUCCGUGGAGAAUUUGGCGCCGGGAGGAGGCGGCAGCGCUACCGGAGGGGCCCCCCCCACCCCCCCUGAACGCGGUGCUUCCCCCCCCUUUUUUUUUCCCCUCCCCUUUCCCCCCCUCCCCACAGCUUGGCUUCGCUCCUGGAGGAGUUGUUGGGUUGUUUGUUUUGUUUUUUUUUUUUCCCUCUCUCUUUAUUUUUUUCUUUAUAUCCCAACCUCCAUCUCGAUUAUUAUUUUUUUUUUGUGAAAACAAACAAAUUCCCUUCCCCCCCCCCACCCCGCACCCCCCCGCCCCGCACACGAGCCUGCCUCUGGGAGGGAAAUAGCCAGGUGAAAUCUCACUCUGUUUCCAUGGACAACCCGUCCAUUAUCACCCAGGUGACUAACCCCAAAGAGGAGGAGAUCCUGUCCUGCGCUCAGGAUAAAGUGUCCCAAUGUAAUAUCAGCUUGAAGAAGCAGAGGAGUCGAAGUAUCUUUAGCACCUUAUUCUGCUGCUUUCGUGACUACAAUGUCGAGCCACCAUCUACCAAUAGCACCAGUGCUCUUCCUCCUUUGGUGGAGGAGAAUGGAGGACUUCAGAAGGGUGACCAGAUGCAGGUCAUGCCUAUACCAAGUGGAAUAUACUAUUUCCACGGGACUGAAGCAGUGCAGCAGUCGUUUCACUACAAGCCACCAGCUAAAUACCUCCUGCCAGAACUGACAGCAUCAGACUAUGGGAAGAAGUGUGUGGUCAUUGAUUUAGAUGAAACUUUAGUGCACAGUUCAUUUAAGCCAAUUAGCAACGCUGAUUUCAUCGUUCCUGUUGAAAUUGAUGGAACCAUACAUCAGGUUUAUGUAUUGAAACGACCACAUGUGGAUGAGUUUCUUCAGAGGAUGGGAGAGCUCUUUGAAUGUGUACUCUUCACAGCCAGUCUAGCCAAGUAUGCAGACCCAGUAGCUGACUUACUGGAUCGCUGGGGUGUGUUCAGGGCAAGGCUCUUUAGAGAAUCCUGCGUUUUCCACCGAGGAAAUUAUGUGAAGGAUCUGAGUCGACUGGGACGUGAGCUGAGUAAAGUUAUUAUAGUAGAUAAUUCUCCUGCAUCUUACAUCUUCCAUCCUGAAAAUGCAGUGCCUGUGCAGUCCUGGUUUGAUGAUAUGACAGACACAGAGCUGCUAGAUCUUAUUCCUUUCUUUGAAGGACUAAGCAAAGAAGAAGAAGUUUACAGUAUGCUUCAUAAACUCUGCAACAGGUAGCCCUUAACUUUGACUGACUUCUGCUACUAGAUUGCAGUUGCUAGAGGCUGUCUCCAUCUUUUUCAGCUCUUUCAAAUGUAAGCUUUGGGGAGGUCACCCCUGUCAGAAGUGCUACUCUUGAUCUUCCUGUUACAUUGGACACGAAGGACAAUCAUGAGUGAUGCUAUUAAGCCUUCAGAAGCCUGACUCCUAAGGUCAUGUGUUCAGACUACUUUUUUAAAGGAAAAAAAAAACAGCAAAACAAAACAACAAAAAAAAGAAGCUAUUUUAAAUGGGACUCUUUUAAUGAAUUUCAUAAAUGGACAUCUUUUACUGGAUCAGCUUUUCUUAAAACAUGCCAAAAAAGAAGCUUGUAUUUCAGCAGUUGAAUUUCUCUUCCUUUCUUCCCCUCCCACUAUGCAGACAAUUUUACCCCCCUGCUUAGAGCAGUUGAGCUGACUCUGAAUUUUUUCUUACAGAAUGAAGUGCCUUUUUGAAUGUUAUUUUAAGAUAAAGAUUCAUUUUUGUAUAAGACGUAUUUCCAGACAUCUUUUAGUCUUGUAUUGUCUAAAUGCUUUAAAAGGAAAAAGGAAAAAUUUUAUAGAGCACUGUAAUAUAUAACAAAGGAAGAAGUUAAAACCAAGAUGAUGCUGGGUUCCUGUCUCCACGAUGACAUUAAGUUGUGUUACACUUUGUCAUGCUCAGAAGGUUGAAGCCUUCGUGGGAGGGGUGAUUUGGGUUCAUUACAUGGUUGUUUCACUGGUCGAUUUUGGGCACAGUUUUGAACAUAUCUGCAGUUGUUUGAGUAUGAGGGAAUGAUGGAAUUGAGCAAAUAAGGUGGUUAACAGAUCUGAAGCACCUUUUCAUUCUAGACAGAUGAAGUUCUGUUGUCUCUGCUUACGCACAACUGCCAUGCCUCUCAUUGUUGGGAAAACCAUUAUCCUGGGAGAACGGGGAGGAGAUCUAUUUAUUAGUUUCAGAUUCUUUUCUUCAAAAUACCCAUCUGGGUAAGCUGGAUCUGUAUUGAGCUGUUUGGAGUACUUUUUUUUCUUUUAAUUGCUGCUACUGUAUGCUCACCAAACGGAGUUGACCAUCGGCUGUUAUACUGUUUUUGCCACUGUGCCUGUGCUAUGAAACAUUUUCUGUAAGCUGCAAACUUGGGCAAUAAAUAAAAUGCAGGCUUCUUUACCCACCCCUAUGUAUUUAUCCUAUGGUAUCUUGAUAUACCAGAGAACUCAGUUAAAGGUGACCUGCAAAGGAUUUUUAAAAUUUAUUUAUUUUUUUCCAUUGGGUUGAAGCCCUCUCUUUGGUGUAUGAAAAUUCCAAGGUGUUUUUCCCAUAUCUUUGAUUGGUAUUGCUUCCCCAAGGUGUAAGGUACAGACUCGGGGCUUUGUCAAGUCUUGCAAGAAGGGCAGAAGUUACGAGCCCUAGACCAAAAACUGGUCCUCUGGCUUUGGAGUUGAGUAAAUCUCAUCUCUGGAUCUGAGAACAUCUUCUGCAGUGUCAUUGGUACCAUUUUAAAAGAAUAACCUUGAAAUAUUUUAAGCUUUUGAAGAACAAGGCACACCUGUUUGUUUUUCUUUUUCCUUUCCAGUGUCACCUUUUAAUUAUUUUCCACACCAGAAAUCUACAAGCAUAAAAAUCACAGCUAUAUUUGGCUGUCACCAGAGAAAACUCAAUGGAGUAGUUGGUGCUUCUGAUCAGCCUUACGCUAAAUUCCGAAUCGUGGAUUCGCCUUCUCGAUUUUCCUCAAAGUCUUGAGGACUUGGAAGAAAGAUAUUUUGUGCUGGACUUGGAUUGUCAUCCUUGUCUAGAGCAUCAGUGAAGCAGCUUCACAAAUCACUUCAUAGAAGGGCAGGGCAACCUACAGAGGCAGUGAGCAGCUGGCUGUGGGUGCAGUAUAAAGCUGACUGGUGACUUGCCCCUUGCAGUGCAGCUGUGCUCCAGCUGUUGCCUGCAGAGAGGGGUGUUGGAGACAGUCCUGUGAGUCUGUACAGCAUCACCCUUUUGUUUUCUUACCAGCUGGCAUUACCUUAGUACUGUAUCGUUCUGUGCCACAAAAGACAAAACUGUCCAAAAAAAAAAAACAACAAACAACAAACCAAGAAAAAUGACUGAAGUUGUUUGGAACAAAAAAGAAAGGCGGGUGGAUUCUGGUGAGUCCAUCAACGUUUCCUUUGGGCUGAAGGUGGUUUAGUUUUGUAUUUGACUUCAGAGUAAGGAAACCGUAAGCUGCCAAAAAGUUGUUCUCUGAGCAGUAUUUUCAGCUGUGUUUGUAGCUUCUGGGCUUCAAAUCCAGUCUGCAGGGAAGUAUUCAGGUUGUAGUUAGUUGUGCAGGUAUGAUAGGAAUGGCUGAAAACAAUUCAAAGACUUUUCUCGCUAGCGUUAGACCAAACAAUCUCCCAAACCAGACAGUAAACAACCCCCUGAGGUGUUGUCAUGUAACGGUUGUGACCUGUUGUAGGUGAGACAAACCAUGUUGUUAGUUUGCAGUUCUGAAAGCAGUGAUUUCAUGAACCAGUUGCCUUAAGUCUGUGAAUGAAUGUUGAUUAUUAAAGUGUCUUGUAUUGGUUUAAAAUCCGAGUAGAAUGGACAACUGAGCUUCUGCACCAGCUGCUGGGAGAACGGUUCUGAUGAUGUUCUGUCCAACCAUACUUGGUUUUUAUUGUUUAUUUUGGCUCUUGACAUUCACAAAUUAAAAAAAAAAACAAACUUAUUUUAUCUUAGUACAGCAUUAUUAUGACACUUGGUGACAAUACAAAAAAAUUAGCAACAGUUCUGAUCUCAGUUCAUCUCUUAAAGAGUAUCUUCUGUAACUUCUGAGGAAUUUUUUAAUAUUUUUGUACCUCAUUCCCAUUGAAAUCAAACUUGGAGUGCUCUGCAGUCAGGUUUGGACUUCCCUGGGUAUUCAGAUUUGGCCAAAGGGAUCACAAACUGUCAUCGCUGUUUAUUUUUGACACUGUCGUCGUACUUGACAUUUCAAGUGUGAAAUUUGUGUGAAUACACAUAUAUUUAGAAUUCCUGGAUUUCAGCAAAGCAAUAUAGUUCUGUCCCUGAAGUCAGCUAACGAGUGGAAUGUUUGUGGAAUUUGCAAUACGGGUAUUUGAUUGUAUUUUAAAUAAAAGAUUUUAAAAGUUAAAAUAGGAAAAAGAAACCCUUGUUUCCUAAAUCUUCUGCAUAUUUUGCAGUGCAGUUCAUGCAUGCAGGUCACCAGGGCUGUUAUAAACCCUGGUUUUCAAUUCUAUCCCUUGAUAUUCUAGAAGUAUUACAAAGUCUUUUUUCCAGUUGGGUCAGUUCUUUUGAGCUGAAGAAAUGCUGCCUGGCCUGAAGUUCUGUUGUCCUUUUUAUGUCGGGUUAAAAAAAAAAAAAAAAGGGUUUUUAUUUUGCCUGUAUAGGUAUUUUUUCAUUAAGCUGUAAGGCAGAAUGCCUUUGAUUCUUGAAAUUCAACUGAAGUGUUAGUAUUUAAUUGCCAUUUGUAAACUAGGGCUGUGCGCAGAACACUCGGUAACCACCAGGAAAGAGCUGGCAGAGUUUUGAAUGGAAGGUGAUAAUGUACAGUGUUGCUGUGUUCAUUUUAGGUAGCUUUGGAAGAAUAAUUUGUCUUACUUGUUUCGCCCUUUUUGGGAAAAAAAAAAAAAAAAGACCCAAAAAACAAAGAAAACCAGCAGUUAUACAUGGAAGAAACUCAACACCUGAAGAGAUUUGGUUAUCGGUGUGUGCAAUCACUUUUUUCACAGCAUGAUUUUGAUUAGACUGGUUUGGGGACAAUAAAGUAUCUAAAUGACACUGGUGUGUACUGAUGUUGCAGCUUUUGAAAUUUCAGUGUAAAAAAAAAAAAAGCCAAAACAACCACACACACACACACAAAAAAAUCUGUAUUGACAGAGACAUGACCCUGUGUUUUACAGAUGCUUUUCAAACUAAUAAAAACCACAGGACCGCACAGCCCUAUUUGUAAAACAAAACAACAAAAAAAACAAGUUUGUGCCUCUGAUUUCCAAGGUGCUGUGAUGUUGUUAAUGCCUUUGUGGGGUGAGGAGGGCAGGGGAGACUUGUGUGGGGCAAUUGCUUAAAAAAAAAAUAUUAAAAAAAAAAUUAAAAAAAAUAUCUGGGCUAACUAUGCAAAACCAUCUGUCAGUUUUCUGUUUCACAUGAUAUUGUAAAAAUCCAGCUGACUUUUUCUCUUUCUUGUUGAAGAUCUAUUGGGAGCUUCUUAACAGAGGAGUAAGCAAUGGAAAUGUUUCUCUUUUUUUCCUUUUUUUUUUCUCUAAUAAUGGAGCUGUUUACACUUUAAUGCAAUGAACAAUCCAGCGAUACUUGAGAAACACUACAGAUACCAUAUGAGUGUUUUCAGGAGAGAGAAGUGUUGUCAAUCAGGUAUUGAAUGGUUUCUUUACUGUCACAAAUAAAAAAUUUUAACAAUAUAGUUACUUGUGCAUGUAAUACUUCUCUGGGAAUAAAAAAAGAAUGUCUGCCCUUCUCCUUCAGUAAUAGUCACUGCCCUGAUUUGACAGGGAUUUUCUUCCCACUAAUGCUCAUCCAUGCUAGACAGUAAAAUCACCCAUCUCUGUUCCACUCUCCUCCCCCUCUCCUCUUUUUAAGUCAUAUAUAGGACUCUUUAGUGACUGCCCUGGCACCUGCUUGUGCAAACAGAGCUGAUGAACUGCUGAUGAACUCUGCUAAAUAAAUUGGUGGUGACUCUGGCAGAUGUUCCAGCUAUUUAGAUCUCUUGGAUGAGAUCAUACAAUAAUUUGUUCAAGUCUCAAAACUGUGUGACUUCUUUUGAAGGGCUUACUUCAGCUACUUGAAUAGCUGUUCUUAACAUCACUGCCAUGUCCAAGUGAAUAUCUGAAUAAAACACUUUAUUUGGUCGGUAUGUCUAUUUUGGGACUUUUUAUCUGACACAGUAAGACUUAGGCAGAGCCUUCCUUUCUAGGAAAAGGCUCAUAUUAUUAAUGCUUAAUGAGCAGAAGACCUCAGGCCUGUUAGAAUAAGCAGGUGGCUCAAGAUAGCACAUGAGUUGCAAAUGAAAAUAUUUUUUAGUUAUUCCUGUGAUUGGUUGGAAUGACCCAGGCUGCCUUUGCUAUGUGCUGGUGGGUUGGGUUUUUUGAUGAUUUUUCUUUUUUUUUUUCUUUUAAGGUUUAGUUGUUGAUUUUCUGGUUUUAGUUUUUCCAAUCUCCUUAGCUGCUUCUUAGGAUAAAGAUGCCUUUCUUUUUUGACUCUGUAAAACAAGUGCUUCAAAAUUCAUAAGACAGCUCAUUGAUAGUGGUGAGAAAGAUACUGUUGUUCUAUCCUCGUGGAUUGAAAGUGGAUUCACCAUAGUCUAUCCAUGUUCCUCUAUGCAUAUGCCUUCCAAUAUUUCUCUUUUUGUUUCCCCUCCUUUUUAUUGUGUUCUGACUCAGAAGGAAAGCCAACUGCUCUGAAAUUCCCUGCAAGAUGGGACAGGGCUCUUCCAGGUGGCCUGCAGCUCCAGGGGAUCCUGCAGUCUCCAGCAGUUUUCCUGGCAAGUGACCUUCACCAUCCAGCCUUCCUACCAACCCAGCUACGCUGGCAGGAGACCAGGCAAAGUUCUCCUGGACUCCCCUGUUGGUUCUGCUGGAGAUACUGGGGAAAAAAAAAAAACAACAACAAAUCAACAAAUGAUCUUUGGGUAAUACAUUGGUUUUGACAGGUUGGCAAACUCAAACUUGAAAAGCUUCCAGGCGUGUUUUUGUUUGAAGCCUUCUCAAGUGCCAUUUCCGAGGGAGUUGUGCGGAGGAGCAGGUUGUUCUGUAAUUGCCUCGGGCCACCUCAAUCAGCGUUUCCCAAGCACAGGACAUACAGCAACAUCUUGGACUUAAUGGAGAUGGGUUGGACUCGGUAAAGCAGGUCUGCAACUGCAAUUACACACCUGCCCAAAGAGCAGUUUUAAAAGGUUAGGUUUGGUGAUGGCUCAGAUCAGCAGCAAACUGGAUUUCUGAGGUGAGGGUCACGUCGGCUCCCCUCCCUCUCCCCUGCAGUCAUCCCCCCCACUGCUGCUCUCCGUGCCUCUGCCAUCCCUUCAUUUCACAACUGCCUUUUAAUCUGGUCAUGUAGACACCUUUGAUUGGGGUGGAAAUUGCAGGAAGAUGCUGGACAAAGAAAUGAAACACAGGUGUCCCCCAUCAGCUGGAGCCAUCUUCUCAGGCUGGACUCCAGCCAGGACAAGGCGAACGGAGGAGUCACCGUUAAGCCAGAAACGUGUCACCCCCUCUGAGAACCACAGUUCUUCCUGAUAAGGAGGGUGGGUCCUUCUGUUCCUACACAUCCACCACCUCUGAAUUCCCAGCGUUCCAAUAAAUGUUGCACUCGAAGAGUCCGAGGGUUGCUGGAGCAGUUACUGCCUUGGCAAUGGGCUUUGUUUUCUUUGUCAGGUUUUAAUGAGCUUUUGUGAUAAAAACCAAAUUUCUUUACAGUGUAACUUUGUGAUUUGUUUCAAUUUUUUUUCAUGCUUUGAUUCAGUUUGACAAUAAACUAGCUGUGUUAUUUUUUUCAUCCUC